CCGACGGAGAGUUGUGCUUGGAGAGUGUAACGGUAGAGAGGUUCGAGAGCGUAUCGCGAGUAGAGAGCUAUUCGAGCUUACCAACCAUGGAAACAAUGUCGGACCCAGCUCAUCUCUUGCCGCCUCAUUCCCUGCGUAGCCUAGCACACCAGUGGUUGCUGGAGGACUCUCACCAGCUGGACUGGGCAGGGGCUGUAGUGGGGGAAAGGUCAGUGGGAGCCGCCCUCCUUCUCAAGUCUCCCGGGGUGUUAGCUGGUUCGCCCUUCGCUCAGGCCAUCUUCCAGGAGACUGGUUGUCGAUUCCACUGGCUGAAACGGGACGGGGAGCACCUGGAGCCUGUCUGCACUGUGGCCCAUAUCUGGGGCCCGGCACGGGCCCUGCUGCUGGCCGAGAGAGUUGCCCUCAAUGUUCUUGGACGAGCCAGUGGGAUUGCUACCUCCUGCCGCUCUGCCCAAGAGCUAGUGUACUCCCUAGGUUGGGGUGGGCGGCUGGCAGGCACCCGCAAGACUACCCCUGGCUUUCGGCUGGUGGAGAAGCAUGCCAUGGUAGUGGGCGGAGUGGAUACCCACCGUUACAGCCUUGGAGACCUGAUCAUGCUCAAGGACAACCACAUGGUGGUGGUCGGCGACAUUGCUAAGGGAGUGAAACAAGCCCGGGUGAUCGCAGGCAUCUAUAACAAGAUCGAGGUGGAGGCUCGCUCGCUGGAUGAGGCACGCCAGGCUGCUCUGGCUGGAUCUGACAUCGUGAUGCUGGAUAACUUUCCUCCACAGGAAUUGCAGGAAGCAGCCAGGGCCCUGAAGGAAGAGUUCCCGGGGCUGUUGAUCGAAGCCAGUGGUGGAAUCACUCAGGAUAACUUACCCCUUUACCUCAGUCCUCACAUCAAUGUAAUCUCUCUGGGAGCCUUCACACAGCGGCUGACCGCCAUUGAUUUCUCCAUGAAGGUUCUCCCCGAGCUGGGCAGUGGCCCCGAGUCCAGAUCUUUUACCACACCGGAGCCUUCCUUGGGACCUAGUGACUUCUAGGUUAGGGGUUGUGGGUAUGUAUCUGUAUGGGGGAGGAACAGUCUUCUCCAUCUACCUUGGUCCAUGUUUGAUGAAUCAAGUUGAAACACCCUGGUCUGUGUAUCUGUAUGUAUUUGUCUGUGCAUACUCACCUACCCAAGCGUGCAGCAGGGCAUGUAGAGACAAGGACCCCGGCGUGUGCAUACAUUCCACUCCCUCCCUGACGUGCAGGGCUCAAGUGAUCACAUGUUGCUUCUAUCGCCUGUGAGGAAAAGCGUUGACAACAUGGAUGUGUGUUUCAGAUUCAGUUUGAGAUUGACUAACCUGAGGCUAAAAGAAACAGACUUUAAAAUGGUUCAAUAAUUGGAGUGUGCCGAAGUGGAGAGGGAAAUGAGGGAGAUGGAAAGAAAACAAAUUUUAAAAGAUGAAUAUUGAAAGGAUGUUUAAAGUGUACUGUUAAUCUCAGUGGAGAUGUAUUCCAGUGAAGAAGAAAUAUGGGUGGUAAAGAAAGCAUACGGAACACUUGUGUUCAUGCAUCGGAGGUCAUUUUGCAACUGUUUAAAACUUUGGUCAGGGCACAGCUGGAGCGUAGACACAGACAGACACACACACAGCACGUGCUCUCUGUUCUCUGUCUCGCUGGCUCACUCUCUCUCACACUACCAUGCAGUGAAGGCCCCAGAUCCACACCAUGUUCGUUUGCCCAUCACUAUUCUCCUUUACUUCUCAAUUCCUUUCCCGUGAACCCUCUCCCUCCUUAUCUCUAACCCUCUUUCCAAUCCGCUCUCUCCGUUCCUGUCUUUCACUCUCCUUUUCUCUUCUCUCUCUCUCUCUCUCUUUCUCUCUUUACUCUCUCACUCUUGCACUGUCUCUUUCCAUUUCUCCCUCUCCAUAUACCAGUUGCUUUCUCCCAUACCAACAUUCAUCCCUGGAGCACUGCAGGAUUGCAAAUGUCUCUCCACACUUUAAGAAGGGAGGAAGACACAACAAAGGCAAUUAUAGGCUAGUUAGCCGAAACUCAAUGGUUGGGAACGUGUUGGCCUAUUAUUAAAGAUGAAGUUUCAAGGUACUUGGCCACUAAUGAUAAAAUAAGUCAUACGAACAUAAGAAAUAGGGUCAGGAGUAGGCUUUCUGGCCCACUGAGCCCGCUCCGCCAUUCAAUAAGAUCAUGGCUGGUCUGGCUAUGGGCUUAUCUCCACCCACCUGCCUUUUCUCCAUAACCCUUAAUUCCCCUACGAUGCAAAAAUCGAUACAACCCUGUCUUAAGUAUAUUUACAGAGGUAGCCUCCACUGCAUCACUGGGCAGAGAAUUCCAAAGAUUCACUACUCUUUGGGAAAAGCAGUUCCUCCUCAUUUCCAUCCAAACUCCACUCCCCCGAAUCUUGAGAAUAUAUCACCUAGUUCUAGUCUCACCUAUCAGUGGAAACAAAUUUUCUGCAUCUAUCUUAUCUAUCCCUUUCAUAAUUUUAUGUUUGUAUAAGAUCUCCUCUCAUUCUUCUGAAUUCCAGAAAGUACAGUACCAGGUGACUCAAACUCUCCCCAUAGUCUAACCCCCUCAUCUCUGGAACCUCCUUUGCACCGCCUCCAAAGCCAGUAUAUUUUUCCUCAAGUAAGGAGACCAGAACUGCACGCAGUACUCCAGGUGCGGCUUCACCAGUACCCUGUACAGUUGCAGCAUAACCUUCCUGCUCUUAAAUUCAACCCCUCUCACAAUGAAGGCUAACAUUCCACUUGCCUUCUCGAUAGCCUCCUGCACUUGCAAACCAACCUUUUGUGAUUCAUGCACAAGCGCUCCCAAGUCCCUCUGCAUAGCAGCAUGCUGCAAUCUUUUACCAUUUAAAUAAUAAUCUGCUCUUUCAUUUUUCCUUCCAAAGUGGAUAAACUUGCAUCUACCAGCAUUGUACUCAUCUGCCAAGCCCUCGCCUACUCACUUAACCUAUUUAUCUCUCUGCAGACUCUCUGCAUCUUCUGCACAAUUUGCUUUUCCACUCAAUUUAGUGUAACCCCCCCUGGCCACCCUCAGGGUCACUCAGCUCACUGUUGUCUCAGGAAACAGCCUCGGCCCCGCCAAACUGGGUAAUGAGUUUGUGUGGAUGCUGUGUGAGGUACCCCACCCCGCCCAAAUAACAGACAAUACACCAGAUGCAAUUAAAUGAUUUUCAGUUUAUAGAUAUUACUGGAACUAUAUAAUUAAGAAAGAAUAAAAUAUAAAAGGAAAAUAAAAGGUGCCACACUUAUCAAAGUUCGAUCUCUUCGUGCACAAAACAGUUGGAGCUCAAGGACCUUCUUCUUCACCCUGCGACCCCUCGGACCACCUCGACCGGCCGCCUGGGACCACCAACGGUAGUCGACCAGACGGUCCACACGGGUCCGUUUCUGUCUCCUCGCCGAACGCCCUCCUCGGGGUCCAACCCCGUUAAUGGACAUCUCAGCACCUCGUCCAUCCUCUGUCUCGCUCUCCCGCCUUCUGCCCCAAAACCCCGCGCAUACAGUAUCUUCAAAUACACCAAAAGCAUAACAACUAUCCCAAUUGGUUAAUAGUAUCCUCUUAUCACACUCUAAACCAAAAUAAGUUGCUAACGCAAACUUUCUCAGCAUUUAACACAACAAAGCUGCAUUCCCCACAUUAACAUAACAAAGACUCCAUUUUGAUUAGCCUCUGCAGUAACAUAAAAGUCGAAUCCCCCUUACACUAGUAACAUCAGCAAACUUACAUACACUACACUUGGCCCCUCUUCCAGAUCAUGAAUGUAUAUCGUGAACAGUUGCAGGCCCAGCAGUGACCCCUGCAGCACACCAUUCACCACUGAUCGCCAACCAGCGUAACACCCAUGUAUCCCAACUCUCUGCUUUCUGUUAGUUAACCAAUCCUCUAUCCAUGCAAAUAUAUCACCCCAACUCUAUGCAUCCUUAUCUUAUGGAUAAGUCCUUUAUGCACUACCUUAUCAAAUGCCUUCUGGAAAUCCAAGUAAAUAACAUCCAUCUGUUCCCCUCUAUCCACUGCACUCAUUAUAUCCUCAGAGAACUCCAGUAAGUUUGUCAAACAGGACCUGCCUUUGCUGAAUCCAUGCUGCGUCUGCCUGAUGGAUCCAUUUCUUUCCAGAAGCCUCGCUAUUUCUUCUUUAAUGAUAGCUUCAAGCAUUUUCCCAAUGACAGAUGUUAAAUUAACUGACCUAUAGUUACCUGCCUUUUGCCUACAUUCUUUGUUGAACAGUGGCAUGACAUUCACCAUCUUCUAAUCUGCCGGGACCUGCCCAGAGUCCAAUGGUAAAUUAUUACCAAAGCUCUCCUAUAACUUCUGCCAUUUCUUUUGCUAUCUUGGGAUGCAUUCCAUCAGGACCAGGGGACUUGUCUAUCUUUAGGCCCACAAGUUUGCUCAGCACUACUUCUUUAGGGUUAGCUAUUAUAUUGAGGUCCUCAACUCCCAUCGCAUCCAUAACAUCUCUCUCUGGCAUGUUACAUGUGUCCUCCACUGUGAAGACUAACACAAAUUAGUCAUUCAAAGCCUCUGCCAUUUCCUCAUUACCCAAUAUCAAUACCCCCUUCUCGUCCUCCAAGGGACCCACAUUCACUUUAGCCAACCUUUACCGUUUUAUAUAAUUGUAAAAAUGCUUACAAUUAAUUUUUAUAUUUUAUGCUGGGUUAUUUUCAUAAUCAAGCUUCCCUUGCUCGCUUAGUGAUUCUUUGUUGCUUUUUAAAGUUGUCCCAAUCUUUCAGUCUCCCACGACACUCGGCGACUUUGUACGCACGAGCUUUUAGUCUGAUGCCUUCCUUAUUUUCUUAGUUAUCCAAGGCUGGCUCUCCCCAGUCUUACUGUCCUUGUUUUUAACUGGAAGAUACUUUUGUUGAGCACCGUGAAAAAUCUCUUUGAAAAUCUUCCACCGUUUCUUAACCGUCCUACCAUAUAGCCUAUGUUCCCAGUCUACAUAGGCUAAAUCCUCCCUCGUCCCAUCGUAGUCCCAUGUUUAAGCAUAAUACACUGGUUUUAGAUUGAAGUCAAAGUCAGCAUGGUUUCUGUAAGGGAAAUCUUGCCUGACAAAUCUAUUACAGUUUUUUGAGGAAGUAACAAUACAGGGUGGACAAAGGAGAGGCAGUGGAUAUCAUUUCUUCGGAUUUUCAGAAGACGUUUGAUCAGGUGCCAUACAUGAGUCUGCUUAACAAGAUAAAAUCCUAUGGCGUUAUAGGAAAGGUACAUGGACAGCGGAAUGGCUGACAGGCAGGAGGCAGCAAGUGGGGACAAAAUGGGCCUUUUCUGGUUGGCUGCUGCUGACUAGUGGUGUUCCUCAGAGGUCAGUAUUGGGACCACUACUUUUCACAUUGUUUAUCAAUGAUUCAGAUCAUGGAAUUGGUGGCUUUGUGGCAAAGUUUUCAGAUAAUACAAGAUAGGUGGAGGGGUAGGUAGUGCUGAGGAAGCAAUAAAAUUGCAGCAGGACUUAGACAAAUUGGAAGAAUCGGUUAAAAAAAUGUGGCAGACAGAAUACAGUGGAUAAUGAUAAUGAAUUUUGGUAAAAGGAACAAUAGUUCAGACUAUUACCUAAAUGGGGAAAAGGAUCAAACAACAGAGGUGCAGAGGAUCUUGGGAGUCCUCGUGCAAGACUCCCAGAAGAUUAAUUUACAGGUUGAGUCUGUGGUAGAGAAUGCAAAGGCAAUGUUGGCAUUUAUUUCAAGAAUAGAAUACAAAAGCAGGGAGAUAAUGCUGAGCCUUUUUAAGGCACUAGUCAGGCCCCACUUGGAGUAUUGUCAGCAAUUUUGGGCCCCAUGUCUCAGUAAGGAUAGAAACAUAGAAAACCUACUGUCCAAUACUGGCCCUUUGGCCCACAAAGCUGUGCCACACAUGACCUUACCUCAGAAAUUACCGGGUUACCCAUAGCCUUCUAUUUUUCUGAGCUCCAUGUACCUGUCCAGGAGUCUCUUAAAAGACCCAUUCGUAUCCACCUCCACCACCAUCGCCGGCAGCCCAUUCCAUGCACUCAGCAUUCUCUGCGUAAAAAAAACUUACUCCUGACAUCUCCUCUGUACAUACUUCCAAGCACCUUAAAACUGUGCCCUCUCGUGUUAACCAUUCCAGUCCUGGGAAAGAGCCUCUGACUAUCCACACAAUCAAUGCUUCUCAUCAUCCUCUACACCCCUAUCAGGUCGCCUCUCAUCCUCCGUCGCUCCAAAGAAGAAGGCCGAGUUCACUCAACCUAUUCUCAUAAGGCAUGCUCCCCAAUCCAGGCAGCAUACUUGUAAAUCUCCUCUGCACCCUUUCUAUGGUUCCCACAUCCUUCCUGUAGAGAGGCGACCAGAACUGAGCACAGUACUUCAAGUGGGGUCUGAACAGGGUCCUAUACAGCUGCAGCAUUGCCUCUCGGCUCCUAAACUCAAGCCCUCAGUUGAUGAAGGCCAAUCCAUCAUAUGCUGUCUUAACCAUAGAGUCAACCUGUGCAGCAGCUUUGAGUGAGCUAUGGACUCGGGCCCCAAGGUCCCUCUGAUCCUCCACACUGUCAAGAGUUUUACAAUAAAUACUAUAAUCUCCCAUCAUAUUUGACCUACCAAAAUGAACCGCCUCACACUUAUCUGGGUUAAACUCCAUCUGCCACUUCUCAGCCCUGUUUUGCAUCCUAUCAAUGUCCCGCUGUAACCUCUGACAGCCCUCCACACUAUCCGCAACACCCAACCUUGUGUCAUUAGCAAAUUUACUAACCCAUCCCUCCACUUCAUCAUCCAGGUCAUUUAUAAAAAUCAUGAAGAACAGGGGUCCCAGGACAGAUGCCUGAGGCACACCACUGGUCACUGACCUCCAUGCAGAAUAUUACCCGUCUACAACCACUCUUUGCCUUCUGUGGGCAAGCCAGUUCUGGAUUCACAAAGCAAUGUCCCCUUGGACCCUUUGCCUCCUUACUUUCUCAAUAAGUCUUGCAUGAGAUACCUUGACAAAUGCCUUGCUGAAAUCCAUACACACUGCAUCUACUGCUCUUCCUUCAUCGAUGUGUUUAGACACAUUCUCAAAAAAUUCAAUCAGGCUCAUAAAGAACGACCUGCCUUUUCAAAGCCAUACUGACUAUUCCGAAUCAUAUUAUGCCUCUCCAAAAGUAUAUAAAUUCUGCCUCUCAGGAUCUUCUCCAUCAACUUACCAGCCACUGAAGUAAAACUGAAUGGUCUAUAAUUUCCUGGGCUAUCUCUACUCCCUUUCUUGAAUAAUGGAACAACAUCUGUAACGCUCCAAUCCUUUGGAACCUCUCCCGUCCCUAUUGAUGAUGCAAAGAUCAUCGCCAGAGGCUCAGCAAUCUCCUCCCUCACCUCCCACAACAACCUGGCAUAUAUCUCAUACGGUCCCGCUGACUUAUCCAACUUAAUGUUUUCCGAAAGCUCCAGCACAUCGUCUUUCUUAAUAUCUACAUACUCAAGUUUUUCAGUCCACUGGAAGUCAUCCCUACAAUUGCCAAGGUCCUUUUCCAUAGUGAAUACUGAAGCAAAGUACACAUUAAAUUCCUCUGCUAUCUUCUCCAGUUCCAUACACACUUUUCCACUGUCACACUUGAUUGGUCCUAUUCUCUCACAUCAUAUCCUCUUGCUCUUCACAUAUUUAUAGAAUGCCUUGGGGUUUUCCUUAAUCCUGACCGCCAAGGCCUUCUCAUGGCCCCUUCUGGCUCUUCAAAUUUCUUUCUUAAGCUCCUUUCUGCUAGCCUUAUAAUCUUCUAGAUCCCUAUCACGACCUAGUUUUUUGAACCUUUUGUAAGCUCUUCUUUUCUUAUUGCCUAGAUUUACAAGAGCCUUUGUACACCAUGGUUCCUGUAACCUCUCCCGGUCUCAUUGGAAUAUACCAAUGCAGAACUCCGCACAAACAUCCCCUGAACAUUUGCAUAUUUUUUCUGUACAUUUGCAUAUUUCUUCUGUACAUUUCCCUGAGAACAUCUGUUUCCAACUUCUGCUUCCAAGUUCCUGCCUGAUAGCCUCAUAUUUCCCCUUACUCCAAUUAAACGCUUUCAUAACUUCUCUAUUCCUAACCCUCUCCAAUGCUAUGGUAAAGGAGAUAGUAUUCACAAUUCUAUCUCCAAAAUGCUCUCCCACUGAGAGACCUGACACCUGACCAGGUUCAUUUCCCAAUACCAGAUCAAGCACAACCUCUCCUCUUGCAGGCUUACCUACAUAUUGUGUCAAGAAACCUUCUUGAACACACCUAACAAACUCCACCCCAUCUAAACCCCUCGCUUGAGGGACAUGCCAACCAAUAUUUGGGAAAUUAAAAUCUCCCACCAUGACAACCCUGUUAUUAUUACACCUUUCCAGAAUCUGUCUCCCUAUCUGUUCCUCAAUGUCCCUGUUACUAUUGAGUGGUCUAUAAAAAAACACCCAGUAGAGUUAUUGAUCCCUUCCUGUUCCUAACUUCCAUGCACAGAGACUCCGUAGACAAUCCCUCCAUGACUUCCUCCUUUUCUGCAGCCAUGACACUAUCUCUGAUCAACAGUGCCAUGCCCCCGCCUCUUUUGCCUCCUUCCCUGUCCUUUCUGAAACACCUAAAGCCUGGCACUCGAAGUAACCAUUCCUGCCUCUGAGCCAUUCAAGUUUCUGUAAUGGUCACAACAUCAUAGCUCCAAGUACUGAUCCACACUCUAACCUCAUCCGCUUUGUUUGUAAUACUCCUUGCAUUAAAAUAGACACAUCUCAAACCAUCAGUCUGAGCGCGUCCCUUCUCUAUCACCUGCCUAUCCUCCCUCUCGCACUGUCUCCAAGCUUUCUCUAUUUGUGAGCCAACCAUCUCGUCCUCCGUCUCUUUAGUUUGGUUCCCACCCCUCAACAAUCCUAGUUUAAACUUUCCCCAAUAGCCUUAGCAAACCUACCCACCAGAAUAUUGGUCCCCCUGGGAUUCAAGUGCAACUCGUCUUUUUUGUACAGGUCAUUCCUGCCCCAGGAGAGGUUCCAAUGAUCCAGAAAUAUGAACCCCUGACCCCUGCUCCAAUCCCUGAACCACACAUUUAUCUUCCACCUCUCUCUAUUCUUAUACUCACUGUCACAUGGCACAGGCAGUAAUCCCAAGAUUACUAUCUUUUGUGGUCCUGCUUCUCAACUUCCUUCCUAACUCCCUGUAGUCUGCUUUCAGGACCUCCUCCCUUUUCCUGCCUAUGUCUUUGGCACCAAUAUAUACCACGACCUCUGGCUGUUCUCCUUCCCACUUCAGGAUAUCGCGGAUGCAGUCAAAAACACCCUGGACCCUGGCACCUGGAAGACAAACUACCAUCCGUGCUUCUUUCCUGCAUCUACAGAAUCGCCUGUCUGACCCCCUAACUAUAGAGUCCCCUAUUACUGCUGCCAUCCUCUUCCUUUCCCUGCCCUUCUGAGCCACAGCGUUAGACUCUGUGCUAGAGGUGCGGCCACUGUUGCUUCCCCCAGGUAGGCAGUCUGCCCCCCCCCAACAGUAUUCAAGCAGGAGUACUUAUUGUCAAGGGGUACAGCCACAGCAGUGCUCUCUAGCCUCUGGCUCUUGCCCUUCCCUCUCCUGACUGUUACCCCUUUAUCUGUCUCCCCAGGCCCCGGUGUGACUACUUGCCUGUAGCCCCUCUCUAUCACCUCCUCACUCUCCCUGACUAGAUGAAGGUCAUCGAGCUGCAUCUCCAGUUCCCUAACACGAUCCCUAAGGAGCUGCAGGUUGAAGCACCUGGUGCAGAUGUGGCCGUCCAGGUGGCUGGGAGUCUCCUGGACUUCCCACAUCUGACACUGAGCACAGAACACCGGCCUCACACACAUACUUCCUGUCUGUAAUCUACACAGAUAACCUACCUCGCUUUACCCAUUAACACUGAAGCCCCGUUGAGCCAAAGCCUUCCUACUCUGGCCCCACUCUAUAAAGCUGUCUCCUUUUAAACUAUUCUCGCUGUUCUCACUGGCUGACGUCCACGUGCUUGCACAGUCGUGCCCCAAUCAAACCACUGAAGAAAUAACCAUCUCCCUUUAAACUCUUCUCACUGUCCACGUGCCUGCGCAGUCAUGCAGUCGUGGAUGUCUUGUCAUUGGAGAGAGUCCAGAGGAGGCUCAUGAGGAUGAUUCAGGAAUAAAGGGGUUAACAUAUGAGGAGUGUUUGGCAGCUUUGGAACUGUACUCGCUGGAAUUCAGAAGAAUCCAGGGGCGAUCUUGUUGAAACCUACCAAAUGUUGUAAGGACUAGUUCGGGUGGAUGUGGAGAGGAUGUUUCCUAUGGUGCAGGUAUCCAGAGCUAGAGAGCACAUCCUCAAAAUUGAAGGGCGAUCCUUUAGAACAGAGGUAAGGAGGAAUUUUUUUAGCCAAAGAUUAGUAAAUCUGUAGAAUCCUCUGCCACAGAUUGUGGUGGAGGCCAAGCCUGUGGGUAUACUUAAGGCAGAAUUUGAUUGUUUCCCGGUCGGUCAGGACAUCAAAGGGUAUGGCAAGAAGGCAGGUGUGUGGAGUUGAGUGGGAUCCGGGAUCAGCCAUGAUGGUUUGUCGGAGCAGACUUGAUGGGCUGAAUGGCCUAAUUCUGCUCCCAUAUGUUAUGGUCUUAUACAACGUCUAGCACAAAGUAUCUCAUUUGAUUUACUUCCCAUGCAAAGCCAGAAACACCACUUCCUUUGACCGCAAGAUGUACUGUUUAUAAAACAUGAGAACAUAAGAAAUAGGAGUAGGUUAUCAGAGAAAUUGAGUCUGCUCCACCACUCAAUAAAAUCAUGGCUGAUCAGGCUAAUCAAGUCUACAAACCUGCCUUUCCCCAAAAAUAUGUGGUAGGCAUUUGAUCCAUAAUGACAGAUGAGGAAGCUCUUUAACUCAACAAGCGAUUUAUUGUGAUAAACACAAAACAAACCAGGCACCAUGACCCAGAGAGGGAACCCAUUCAGUCUCAUACAGACGGGGAAGGGAGGUGACCGUCACACACAGUCAGGGUGACCCACAAAUACACAAGCAAAUAACUGUAUAACCUAAACUAAAAUGUACUGGAACUUCCCACCAUAAUCCCACCAGAGUAUUUUAACACAAAGACAAUAAACUGUACUGGUCAUUAGAAAUGCAGGGACAGGCUGUCAACUACGCCCCCCACCAGAGGUCACACUGUCCCAACCCGAGGGGUCAGCCGUCCCAACAACCCCAGAGUCCAAAGCAAAGUACAAAAGUCCCAGUAGGCAUCAACACUGCCACCUGUUUGUGUGAAGCAAGAAGCAGGGCACCCAGAGUGUCGCUUCCUUCCUUUGGUCUCGCUGGGUUAGUAGUGACCAAGGGCUGACACAGUGCCAACUGGUCCCAAUGCAGCAUGACUGCCUUCCAUUGCUCAGGCAACCGCACCAGAUAUAGCACCUCUCCUGGCCCCUUCCAGUGGCUUCCAAGCCUGGGAGAUAGUCUCUUCUUCUGGGAGGAGAAGGAGACACAUACUGGCGCCCCCAGCAUGUACUGCUGCAUUGGCGCCCUAAACCGGAGGCUCAGCCCCUUCUGGGAUGUGCAAGUAUCGCAGAAAUGCGCAAACAGCUCUGCAUCCUGCCUGUACUCAGGCCAGUAGAAACGGUUAUGCAGCCUGCCCAACAUCUUUGUAACUCAGAAAUGUGCAUGGACUGCAGCACCAUGGCGCGGAGCCCCCGGGGGACCAUCAGCUGCAAGAGAUGUCUGUCACCAUCGGACAAAUGCCACCGCCAGAACAGCAACCUGUUGUGGACCUCCAACGUUCCCCAUUGCUUUGGUCUCUGGGUCCAGGGACACCCCAGCCGUCAUCCCACACUCAGCCAUUCCCUCACCUGGACCAGCACGGGGUUGCUCACUUAUUUGAUGCACAGCUGCUGGUCCAUGGCGGGGAGCUUGCCCAUGGUUCAGCUAUGCUGUGUUGUGUUUGGCUGCUGCCGGAUGUGCUGCACUACCCCGAGCCACUGUGAAACCAGUGAGUGGUGGUUGUGGCCCCUGCUGGGUCCGCUUCCUGGAGCUGCCCUGCUGGAGAGCCAUGGCUUUGGCACCAAGGUAGACUGUUGCCCCGACACAUCCACACGGGCCCUCCAGCGGGACAGCAGGUCCAUGCCAAGGAUGCAGGACUCUCAGAUGUCGGCGAGCCACACCUCAUCCUCCACUGCGUUUUUCCAACUGCAAUGCGCAGCCUCCUCUUCCCUCGCAUCGCCGCACAGUCACUAGUGACCUUCACCAGCUGGACUGCUGUCGUUGUCCACCCAGGCAGGGAUGGCUGGUCCCUGUUGGGGAGAACACCGGGACGGAUGAUAGUGUUGGUUGACCCCGUGUCAAUCUGAUGCCCUCCACCAUGCAGUCCAUGUAUAAGACUUGUUCUUCACCCAAACGGCUCACCUGGAUGGGCAACAACGGGGGGAUUCUGCUGGAGGAUUCGGGUGACGCUUCCCACUCGGCAUUUCCUGAAGGUUGCUCCGAGCUGUGGUGUGGUGCCGGUGCAGGGCAGUCCCCGGCCAAAUGACCUGCCUCACCACACCGGUAGCAGAGAUUGUUUCCUGGCUGCCAGCGGGAUUGGCACGGCGCUGGUUGGACCUCUGUCACGGGCUUCUCCUCAUCAGUUUCCUCCUCGCCCUUGGUGACAUAAGCUUGGGCUCGCUGUGUGUGAGGUGACGCUGGAGCACGUUGGGGGUGGGGGGUGCUAAUAUAGCUUCUGGCCUCUCUGCUAGUGCCAGCGCUUCAUCUAGUGACGAUAGUGAUGAGUGAUGUCAGGCAAACAUGCUGCCGAAGGUGCUCCGGCAUCAUCGCCUUUACAAAGACGUGCAGGGUAAGCUCUUCCUGGGCCGCUGGAAGGAACUGGGGGUAGCCACGCCAAGAACAGUGACAGAGAUCAGGGGUUAAUACCCUUGUUUUCUCCCAUUCAACACCGUCUGCCGCACAGAUCUUCCCUCAUUGCUUCCGCCAACAGCCUCUGCUCGAAAUGCCACUCCAGCGCCACUACGAGUGCCCUGGAGUCACGCUGCUCCAGUGCUAAGACAAGGCACACCGCCGUCUCAGUGGGGCUCCAUCCGUUGUGCCACGUGGCAAGUUUGAGUUGCGCCAAGUAAGGCUCCGGGCAGCUGCUACCAUUGUAUCUAGGAGUCUUCAGGGUAGACGUUGAGGCACAAGACCUUCCUCUGCUCUGAUGGCGGUUCCCAUCCUCCGAUGGCUACGGCGUCUUGGGUUCUCCGGUGCGGGUCACCACAGAAGCGAAUGAUGUGCUCUGCUCUAUCCCCUGGGUUGGGGAGCCUGGGUAUGUUCUCUCUGGCAGGGCUUCCUGGGAAGACUCAGUUCCCUCGUCUUAUUCCCCAAGUCUUAAGGUACUCAAUCCGAUGUCAUAGUUCUUCAAUCUCACACCCCACUCCUGACACCAAUCUGGCGAGAAUUUGGUCCAUAAUGACAGACGAGGAAGCUCAUUAACUCAACAACCAUUUUAUUGUGAUAAACACAAAACAGACACCAUGACCCGGAGAGGGAUCCCAACCAGUCUCAUACAGAUGAGGGAGGUGCUCAUACACCCCAGUUACAGUCAGAGUGAUCCACAAAUUCACAAGCAAAACUGUAGAACGCAAGCUAAAAUGUAGCAGUAAAUUAACUGGAACUUCCCACCAUAAUCCCACAAAAGCAUUUUAACACAACAACAAUAAACAGUGCUGGUCAUUAGAAAUGCAGGGACAGGCUGUCGACCACGCCGCCCCCCCCACCCCCCCCCCACAAACUCUUGUAUCAUAUAAUUAUGCAAAAAUCUAUCCAAAUGCAUCUUAAAUAUAUUCACAAAAAUAAUCUCUACUGCUUUCCUUGCCUCAGAAUUCCACAUAUUCAUUAAUAUCUAGGAAAAACAGUUCCUCCUCAUCUCCAUCCAAACUCUUUCCUGAAUCUUAUGGCUGUGUCCUCUAGUUUUAGCCUCACUUGUCCUCUUCUGCAGAAUCAACUUGGUGAGAAACCUCUGCAUCACUCUCAAACAAGGAGAACAGAACUGCAUGCUUUAUUCCUGGUGCAGUCUCAACAGUACCUGUAAAAUUACAGCACUAUCUCCCCUGGUCUUAAAUUCAGUCCCUCCUGCCAUAUUGCAUUUGCCUGCUUAAUAACUGCUUGCACUUAUUCGUGCACCAGCACACCCAAGUCCCUCUGUACAACAGCAUGCUGCAAUCUUUCACUGUUUAAGUAAUAUCCUCACCUUCUCAUUGUUUGCCACCAAAGGGAAUGACUUCACAUUUACCAACAUUGUGCUCCAUCUGCCAGACCCUUGCCACACAAUUAUCCCACCUAUACCUCAGCAAACUCAACACAUUCUCUGCAGAAUGCCCACUCAAUUUAGUGUCACCAGAAAACUUAGUUAUACUACACUCAGUCCCAUAAUCUAAAUUGUUAAUGUAUUAUGAACAAUUGCAGGCCCAGCACUGAACACUGUGGCACUCUACUCACACUUGAUUGAGAGCCAGUUACCUCUGUACUGUGCCUUAUAUUAGUUAACCAAUCCUCUAUCCAUGCUAAUGCAAUACCCCCAACUCUAUGCAUAUUUAUCUUACGAAUAAGUCUUUUAUACGAUGCCUCAAUAAUCCUUUUGGAAAUUCACAGACCAAAGAACAGUACAGUACAGAAAUAGGCCCUUUGUCACACAAUGUUGUACCAAACCAGCUAAAAAGCAAAUCAAAAAAACCAAAACACAAAUUUGUCCUCCCUACCCGAUGUCCACAUCCCUCCAUCUUCACAUCCAUGUGCCUAUCUAAAUGUCUCUUAAAAGCUUCUAAUGUUUUUGCCGUUACUACCAUAUUCCAGGCAUCCACCAUUCUGUGAGUAAAAUACUUACCCCUCACAUCCCCUUUGAACUUAACCCCCUCUCACCAUAAAUGCAUGCACACUGGUAUGAGACGUUUCAACCCUGGGAAACAGAUACUCCUUGUCUCUUCUAUCUAUGCCUCUCAUAAUCUUAUAAACCUCUAUCAGAUCUCUCCUCAGCCUCUGUCGCUCCAGAGAAAACAACCCAAGUUUAUCCUACCUCUCAUGAUAGUACAUGUCCCCUAAAUCAGGUAGCCUCUUCUACGCCUCUCCAAAGCCUCAACAUCCUUCCUACAAUGGGGCAACCAUAACUGAAUGCAAUACUUCAGAUAUGGCAACAUAACCUCUUUCCUUUUGAACUCAAUGCCUCGACUAAUACAAGCAAGCAUAUUACAAUAGAUAGAUAGGUAGAUAUCAGUCCUCGCAGGUUCCAGGCUAUGUAAAAUUUUCCUGCUCAGAGCAGCAUUAAAAAAAUUAGAGGGAACGUUGGUUACUGGAUAUCCUGCCUCGCUGUGGUAAAGUGAUGAAGCUGACCAGCAUGUCGGGACUUAAUUAUAUCUACUUGAAAUAUAUCUGUUCUCCAAACCCUGAUGAAGUUGACAGGUACUUAUUGAAAUCUGGAAUGUAAAUUUACUGUUAAUUUGUUGGGCAUGUGGCCAAAUGGUUAAGACGUUCGUCUAGUUACCUCAAGGUUGCUAGUUCGAGCCUCAGCUGCGGCAGCGUGUUUGUGCCUUUGAGCAAGGCACUUAAUCACACAUUGCUCUAGUCUGUGCGUGGAGUGGCGCCCCACACAGACUUCCAAUCUGCGCCUUGUAAGGCAUGAAAAUGCCCGAUGCAGGCCUCCCAUGGUCUGAGUCGACGUUCCCCUUGAGAUUUGGCCAAGAGCUCGGUUUUGUCCACAGGUUUAACUUUCGGCAGGAGACCUACAGGACUGUCAAGGAAUGGUAACAAUCCACAUUGCACUCAAUAUUUAAUUGUAUAGGAUCAAGAACAACUAUCUCUUCUCAAGGAAAACUGGCUGAACUGCACUGUGUAGUCUAUUAAUAUAAAAACACGGAUUUUCAAGCGAAUGUUUUAAGGAGGAACAUAUGGUGAAUAGAUUCGAUGUAUCUAUCCAAACUCCAUAUCGGAAAUUCCAGGGGAAAAUGGGGGGAGAAAACGUUCAAAGAAAGUUUGGUUCUGGGAGUUGUUUGCUUCUGAACAAUACUCCGAAAUGAAAAUGGUGCUAGUGAUCUGCGCAAGGGCUAGUGUUGGAACCCUUGAUUUUCGUUAUUUAUUUAACCGAUAUCCACAAGGCUUCACCAGUAACUUUGCGGAUGUUACGAAAUUAGGAGGAGUUUUUCUCAGUGGAAUAGGUUAUUGCAGAUUACAUGUAGGAUCUUGAUCGGUUAGGGAAAUGAGCCUAAAUGAAACAAAUAGAUUUCCAAACGUAACGAUAAGGUGAUGCGUUUCAAAACUCCAACCGGCAUUCGACUGAUACUACGAUUGGUAGGGCUUUAGGGAGUAUAGUGGAGCGGUGAAACAUGGGAGUAUAGGUGCAUUGUUAGUUGAAAGCGGUAUUACCGGUCCGCGGGGUGGUGAAAAAGGCUUUUAUCACGUUAGUCAGGGCACUGAGUUUAGGACUUGGGAUAUAAUAUUGCAGUCGAUUUAGUUAUCGGUGAAACUGUACUUGGAGAGUUGUGUACAGGUUUGGUUUCCCUUACAUAAAACUACAUGAUUAAACUUAAAAUAGUGCAUAUAAUCUUUACGAGGAUGUUGCCUGGAGAAUUUGAUCAGGAUAAUUCAACAUGCCCCAGAACGGAGGAAAACGAGGAGCGACCUCACAGAGAUGCUUAAAGUUAUGAGCGACGUAUGGUGGAUGGUAACAGUGCUUUUCUCAGGGUAGAGGAGAGCAUUAGGAUCAGAUUUUUAAAAUAUUGGAACAUACAUAGGGGAAACUUUUUCACGCAGUUGACGCCGUGCAUUUAAAAUGAGUUACCAGAGAAAUUGGUUCAGCCAAAAAUCAAUUGGUUAUGUAGAUGAAUAGGCGGGGUUUAGAGGAUAUGUGCUAAACGAGGAAAUUGGGACAGGUUUAUUGGGCAGCGAGGUCGCUACUGACUGGUUUGGCCAAAGGAAUUGUUUCCAUUCCAUCUCGCUUUAUGCCUGUGAGCCGAAACGGCCUUUAAUUACAUUGGCAAUUAGAUGAAAAGGAUAUGUCACCAUGGUCCUCAGCUGUUUCCUGAAUUUAGUUUGUGUCACUGCAUAAAUGCACGUGUUUGUACGACAAUUAGAAGUUGGAGCAUGAAGCCUAUUUCAGUUACAAAAGUAGGGAAAAAAACUAAGUUAUACCCCAAAUUCCACAAUCGGUUCCAUAUCGAAUAAGCCGUAAAAACUGACCAUAAGAGGAUGAAGUUUCCCGAGGUAACAAGCAACAAUAUAGUAUUAUGGAUUUCCUUCUGCCAUCCACCUCUCGGUCUCUGGGGAUGUGUCUUCGCUUCUGACCCAGGAGUCUCCUGCGGGCUGUGCUAGUCAAUAAGAUGUGCCUGGCUGUUAAAACGUUGAAGAGCAGAAUCAAAACAAACGGAAUACAUGGGGUGAAAAUAUAAUGUAAACAUUCAACUAUUGUCCAGGUCAUUGAUGUUAUAACACGGAUAUCUAUGUAACAAAACCAAGGUAAAUUUGACAUCCUGUACCAGGAUGUGUAAUAAAAUACCAGAGAAUAUU